UCUAUGAUCCCUAUGGUUGGCCAGAAACGAAUCUGUAUUUAACAGAAAAGUUUGGGACAGUAAGGAAAUUUUCUUCCUUAUUCGUACGAGAUCUGCUUUCUGGUUGCGUGCAUGUGACGGUAUGGACUCGGUGAAUGAAGUUGGAUGGUGGACUGAGCCAUGGAAAGUAGGGGUCCAUCGCACCCCACUCCACCAUCGCCUUAACAUACAUUGGUGCCCACUGCCGGAGUAGACUUUGAAAUUUAAUGUCGACGGUUUUGCCAGAGGAAAACCGGGCCAGCAGGAUGUGGAGGGGCUCUUCGAGAUUCAGAGGGAUUUCUUGUUGGGGUGUUCUUUGAUCCUCUUGGAGUUCAGGAUUCUAAUUUUGCCGAUAUCAUGACAAUCAAGCAUGCUCUCCACCUCUUUCAUUAUCCCCUUACAAAAAGAUUCUCUCAUUUUGCAGUUCCAAGGAAGUGUCUUUCCAACACUCUUAGAGAAGGAAACUCUUUUGCCGAUACUCUUGCGAAAUAUGGAGUUGAUGAAGAGUCUAUGUUCUCUACAUGGUGGUAGUUUGCCUCUGUUUUCUUCUGUUGCAUUUAUGGCCCGCCCUUCUCCUCACAUGAAGGUUACAGAUACAACAAUGGCGAAGGAGAAUCAGACCAGCUUUGGGGAAUAUCUUGCCAGAAACCCAGCUUUAAAUCCUGGAAUUGAUCUAUCAGUUUCUUUUCUUACUGCAGGAUUCUGGCCAUGUUAUAAAGGGUUUGAUCUCAAUCUCCCAGCUGAGAUGGUCAAGUGCAUAGAAGGUUUCGAACAAUUUUACCAAAGAAAACUAAUAUGGGUUUAUUCAUUGGGAACCUGCCACCUUACUGCCAAGUUUGAGCUCAAGACUAUGGAAUUGAUUGUUGCAAUCACAGGCUGCUCCACUCAUGCUUCGUAACGAUUCGGAUACAUUGAGUUUUUCUGAAAUCAAGACCUAGUUUAACAUGGAAGAUGAUGACCUGGUUAGGUUGCUCCAUUCUCUUCCAUGCGCCAAGUACAAGAUUCUUGGUAAGGAGCCAAAAACAAAGUAUAUCUCUAAGACUGACAGCUUUCAGUUCAAUCUAAGUUGACAGACAAAAUUGAGGAGAAUUAAGGUAUUGUUCUCUUCAUAAUCUCUUUAUUUCUAUUUUUUUGGUUUUCCAUUGAAGACGAUGAGAAAUGGAAUGGUCCAACUGUAGAUUCCAUUACCGCAAACGGAAGAAAGAAAGCUAGAUACUGAAGAUGUUGUUGGCAAAGAUAGAAGUGUGGGCCGUCAGCACAGCAAUUUUGCGUAUACUGCAGGGGUUUGGGAUACCAGCAGCUAAUAACAGAGUGUGUUGAGCAAUUGAGUAACAUGUUCAAGCCUUGAUAUAAAGACAAUCAAGAAGCGGACGUGAAGAUUUGGUCACCCUAUAGUUUCUGUAAAGAGAGAGGAUUCUAGUAUCUUCGAGUACUAGGCCUAGUUCAGAGUCUGCUCCUGUUUUGUCACCCUUUUAUUUUAG